CCUCUCUGCUCCACGUGACCCUACUGUACCCUUAACCAAACCCAAACUACUUUCAUUACAGUACUUUAGCUCGUUAACUCUUCUUCUACAAGCUCGCAGCUUUGCAACUCGUUUACUAGCAAUGGCUUCUUCACUUCUUAGCAAGCUUGUUUUUCUCCUUUUCAUCACCUACAUUGUCUUGUCGAGCUCGAAAGUUGCAGCCCAAGUUGAAGAGACAAGCUUGACGCUUAUGAGAGAUGCUUUGGAGUGGCCACUCUCAAUGUCGCUUUACAGCGACUUAAACGACAAUGAGGAAGGUGAUGAGGAGAUAGAUGAUGAAGAGGAAACUGGGUAUAGUCGUAGAUCUUUGUUUUGGAAGAGAAUGAGAUAUUACAUUUCGUACGGGGCGCUUUCUGCUAACAGAAUCCCAUGUCCACCGCGGUCAGGGCGGUCUUAUUAUACACACAACUGCUUCAAGGCUCAUGGUCCUGUCCAUCCAUACACCAGGGGAUGUUCCAGGAUCACUCGGUGCCGGAGAUGAAGGUUAUUAAUUUAGGCUCUGAGCUGGGUAAAAUUUGGUUUUGUAAGGAUUAAAGUUUAUAUGUGCUACUGUGGAAGAUUUGAGUGUUAUAUAGCUAAUAUGGCAUGAGUUUUGGGACUUGAGAGGGUUUUUUUUCUAUUUCCUUUCUGGUUGUGUUGGUGUGAUUUUGAUGCUGUAGGCGUAUUUUGUGUUGGCGCAUUGUUAUGUGGAUUAGCGCUGUGAUUAUAUGUGUAAUGAGGUUUAAACUGCUUUAUCUUAAUGGUAAUUGUUUCAAGUAGUAUAUACUAACUUUUUGGCUUCGUUGUA